ACCACCGUUGCGUAGUAGAAGGAAGUGGGAGUACCGCGAAACAACAACUUGUGGUAGAACAUAAAAUGAAAUGUUUUGAACGAUUCAAAGUCAUUGGAUCAGCAAUACCAAUGUGGGAAUUCCUUUCGAGAGAAGAAAAGAUGAGCCGUUUGUAUAGAUUGUUUACUCUGCAAGUAUCACAAUUUUGUAUCGAUUCAUCGGAUCCAGAUUGUAUUAAGAAUUUCUUAAUUACUGGUAUACGAAAUCUUGCUGAUAUAGACGACAAUAUUCUUGAUAAAUUGGAUCCGUAUCAACGUGGUUCUAGAGAAAUAAUUUGGCGAGCUUUAAUAGGAACAGAUAGAUUCUCACCUAGGACAAGUCAAGAUAUCAAUGGAAAUUUCUUACCUACAAAUCUACUUUUGAUAGGAAACGACGAUAGCGAAACAAAUAGUAUAACAGGGGAAAACGUGUUAACGAAUGAUUACAUUCACGUUGGUCCAUAUUUGAUUGGACCAAUGGUAACUCGUGUUUAUCCGGAUGGACGUCCAGUUCCAGAUGAUCAUAAGAGAUUUCGACCAAGGGAUGAUGAUAUUGAUGAAUUAAAAUACACUGUGGUAUUACCGUCGAUAAGUGAUGCCGAGACAAAGGUUGAUAGAACCACUUAUAGAAAUAAAGUUCUUAAUCAUGGUAGAAAAGAUACCUCUACAUCGAAAUACAUAGCACUUAGGCGAAUAUCAAUCAAAGAUCAUGACAGAGAUUAUCAUUGAAUGAGUAUUAUCGAAUCCUUCAAGUAUUAACAUAUUUGAGACAAAAAAGAAAUUACAACUUGCAUUUCUGUUUCUAUACACGAGGAAAGAAGAUCGCUUCGUUCAUGUUAGAGAGAGAACGAAGACUGAUUUGAUUGUCGAAUUUUUGAAAAUUAAAGUGUAUUUAUUUGGAUGAACAUCAAAGGGGG